UACGACAUCCUCGUGUGGGGUUGGAAAUAUCGUCGAGUUUGCGCCAUCGGAUUCGGUCGGUCGGAUGGUCCGGGAACUAAGUCCACAGCGCGCCGUAACCUCCGCUAAAGGCUACAUGUACUUUUUUUCCCCGUCACCCAGCCCACGUUACAGGCGACAGUAGAUCCAUCUGCUAUACCCGUGCUUUCAUUCUUCUUUCCUGCUCCUGCACUGUUUCUCCGCCUCCCUCAACCUCCAGCUUCAUUGUCGCCCGCGACGACACGUGCAUCAUCGACGUUCUUUGUCGAGCCCUCGGUGCGCUUCAGCCUCUGCACCCCAAAGGGUCCCUUCCUCCCGUCUCGCGCCUCUUCCUCUCCAGCAACCACUCGCUCGCUGUUCGCCACGAACCGUGCCCUCGACCCUGGGCCGUGCCUGUUCCCCCCCGAAUCGUGUCCGUCGAAUCCCCCUAGUAUCGAUUACCUCGAAGCGAUUAUCCCAUCGUUGGCUCCGUCACUCGUUUUGACGCCGACUCUUCCAAUCCCCGACCUGGCUGGCCAUUAACGGCUGAACGGGCAAUUGCCCGCGACAUCGCAGCCACAAUGAGCGACUCCGUACCGCCGCCGCCGCCGCCGCCAGCUGAAGGCAGCGGCAGCCCCAAAUCGAAGCUGGCCAAGACGCAGAGGGCGAGAUGGGCUACCCGCAGGAUGACGGUCAAGAGCAGCGCGACAAAACGCAAGUCGCUGCUCGAUCGCAUGCAGCACAACAGGACGACGUCCAGCGCCAGCGAGAAGCGCCGCAGCGGACGAGGUGGUGCCGGUGCUCCAGAGCAGAACCCUGACGGCGAUGAUGGUCAAGACGACCAGGACAUCAAGCCUACUGGAGAUGCCACCGCCCAGUCCGAUGACGGCUCCGAGGACGACAAGGAGAACCGCCAGCUCUACUUCAACUUGCCGCUCCCCGAUGACAUGCUGGAAGAGGGCCACCCCAUUGCCGAGUACCCUCGAAACAAGAUCCGGACUGCAAAGUACACUCCUCUCUCGUUCAUUCCAAAGAACUUGUGGUUUCAAUUCCACAACAUUGCCAACAUUUUCUUCUUGUUCUUGAUUAUCUUGGGUGCCUUUUCCAUCUUCGGCACUGUCAAUCCAGGAUUGAACGCUGUCCCACUUAUUGUCAUUGUUGCCCUUACCGCCGUCAAGGAUGCCAUUGAGGAUUACCGAAGAACUAUUCUUGAUAACGAACUGAACAAUGCCCCUGUCCAUAGACUUCACAACUGGAAUAACGUUAAUGUCGAAGAGGACAAUGUUUCCACCUGGAGAAGAUUUAAGAAAGCUAAUUCGAGAUUUUUUGGGCGCAUGUGGCGUGCUAUUCAGAGCACAUGGUCCAAGAAGGCUCGCGCUGAGCGCCAGAAACGCAAAAUGCCUGUCAUCGAAGACGAACCCCGAGCCUCGAUUGACUCCGUCCGCACCAGAAGACAUCGCGAAUCCAUGGCAUCGCCGCAUGAACGCCGCGAGUCCUACGUCUCUAACCCGGAUGAUAUUCUGAUGACGCCUGUUUCUUCGCCUACUCCCAACGCCCUCCGGUUUGAACCCGAUGAGGAGGACGUGAAGCGAGCAUCGGCCGCCGCCGUCAUGAAGUCGGAUCUGAUCAACUAUGAUAUCGAACCCAAGGGUGCCCGCUUUGGAAAGGACACCUGGAAAACCCUGACAGUCGGCGAUUUCGUGCGUAUUUACAAGGACGAUGAACUCCCUGCUGAUGUCAUCAUCCUGUCCACCUCCGAUCCCGACGGCGCUUGCUAUGUUGAAACGAAAAACCUCGACGGCGAAACCAACCUCAAGGUUCGACAGGCUCUCCGCUGCGGUCGUGGCAUUAAACAUGCUCGUGACUGCGAGCGUGCCCAGUUCCGCAUCGAGAGCGAGGCUCCCCAACCCAAUUUGUACAAGUACAACGGUGCUAUCAGAUGGCAGCAAAAGAUUCCUGGGUAUAUGGAAGAAGAACCCGAGGAGAUGACCGAGGCCAUCACCAUUGACAACCUGAUGCUGCGUGGCUGCAACCUGCGAAACACCGAAUGGAUCUUGGGCGUUGUCGUCUUUACCGGACAUGACACCAAAAUCAUGAUGAACGCUGGUAUCACGCCUAGCAAGCGAGCGCGCAUUGCCCGUGAAAUGAACUGGAACGUCAUUGCCAACUUCAUCAUCCUCUCCAUCAUGUGUUUGCUCGCUGCCAUCAUCAACGGUGUCGCCUGGUCUCGAACGGAUGCUUCUCUGCAUUUCUUUGAUUUCGGCUCCAUUGGCGGCAGUUCUAGCGUCACUGGUUUCGUCACCUUUUGGGCAGCCAUCAUCGUCUUCCAGAACUUGGUCCCCAUUUCCUUGUAUAUCACGCUGGAAAUUGUUCGAACCUUGCAGGCAGUCUUCAUCUACAGCGACGUGCAAAUGUACUACGAGCCAAUCGACCAACCCUGUGUCCCCAAAACUUGGAACAUCUCCGAUGAUGUUGGUCAGAUUGAGUACAUCUUCUCCGACAAGACGGGAACUCUUACCCAAAACGUCAUGGAGUUCAAGAAGGCUACAAUCAACGGACAGCCAUACGGAGAAGCCUGGACUGAAGCCCAAGCUGGUAUGCAAAAGCGCCUCGGCGUCGAUGUCGAAAAGGAAUCUGAGAGAAUUCUUGGCGAAAUCGCAGAGGCCAAGGUGCAAGCGCUCAUUGGCCUCCGUAAAAUCCAUGACAAUCCCUAUCUCCACGACGAAGCUGUUACCUUUAUUGCCCCGGACUUUGUUGCCGAUUUGGCUGGUCAUCACGGAACCGAGCAGCAGCAGGCCAACGAAAGCUUCAUGCUUGCUUUGGCUCUUUGCCACACUGUCAUGGCUGAACGCACUCCUGGUGAUCCACCAACCAUGAUCUUCAAGGCACAAUCUCCCGAUGAAGAAGCUUUGGUUGCUACCGCCCGCGACAUGGGUUUCACUGUGCUGGGUAACAAUUCGGAUGGCAUCAAUGUCAACGUCAUGGGCGAGGAUCGUCACUACCCGCUUCUCAACACCAUCGAGUUCAACUCCACUAGAAAGCGAAUGAGUACCAUUAUCCGUAUGCCCGACGGUCGAAUUGUUCUGUUCUGCAAGGGUGCCGACUCCGUCAUCUACGCUCGGCUCAGGAGGGGCGAGCAAAAGGAGCUGCGACAAGUCACUGCCGAACACUUGGAAAUGUUUGCCCGCGAGGGUCUGCGUACCUUGUGUAUCGCUUCAAAGGAGCUCACUGAAUCGGAGUACCGCACAUGGAAAAAGGAACACGAUAUCGCCGCUGCCGCUCUUGAAGACCGCGAGGAGAAGCUUGAGGCCGUUGCCGAGCUCAUUGAGCAGGAUCUUAUGCUUCUUGGCGGUACCGCUAUUGAAGAUCGUCUCCAGGAUGGCGUUCCCGACACUAUCCAGCUGCUGGGUGAGGCCGGUAUCAAGCUCUGGGUUUUGACUGGCGACAAGGUGGAGACUGCUAUCAACAUUGGUUUCUCCUGCAACUUGCUCAACAACGACAUGGAACUGAUUAACAUCAAGGUCGAUGAGGACGCUGCUGAAGGCGAAGGCGCCGAAGACGUCUUUAUUGGUCUCAUUGAAAAGAGUCUGGAUGAGAAUUUGCGAUCAUUUGGCUUGACUGGUAGCGAUGAAGAUCUUGCUGCUGCCAUGAAGAAUCACGAGCCCCCGGCUCCCACGCAUGGAUUGGUCAUUGAUGGCUUCACCCUUCGAUGGGCCUUGAAUGAGCGCCUGAUGCAAAAAUUCCUCCUUCUCUGCAAGCAGUGCCGCUCUGUUCUGUGCUGCCGUGUCAGCCCUGCGCAAAAAGCCGCUGUCGUUUCCAUGGUCAAGAACGGACUGGACGUCAUGACUCUGUCUAUUGGUGACGGCGCCAACGAUGUUGCCAUGAUUCAAGAGGCUGAUGUCGGUGUCGGUAUUGCUGGUGUCGAAGGUCGACAGGCUGCCAUGUCUUCUGACUAUGCUAUAGCGCAGUUCCGGUUCUUGCAGCGCUUGGUGCUUGUUCAUGGACGUUGGUCGUACCGUCGCCUGGGAGAGUCUAUUCCCAACUUCUUCUACAAGAACAUGGUCUGGACUUUCAGCAUCUUCUGGUAUUCCAUCUACACCAACUUUGAUAUGACCUAUCUCUUUGAUUACACCUACAUUCUGAUGUUUAAUCUGUUCUUCACUUCGGUGCCUGUUGCCAUCAUGGGUGUUCUCGACCAGGACGUUUCAGACUCCGUCUCCUUGGCCGUACCGCAAUUGUAUCGCCGUGGUAUUGAACGCUUGGAAUGGACGCAGAAGAAGUUUUGGCUGUACAUGCUUGACGGUAUUUACCAGUCCAUCAUGGUUUUCUACAUCCCGUACUUGCUAUUCAUGCCUGCACGACCUGUGACCGAAAACGGCUUGGUUAUUGAUGACAGAUUCCGCCUCGGAGUGUACAUUGCGCACCCCGCUGUUCUGACGAUCAACGCUUACAUUUUGAUGAACACCUACCGAUGGGACUGGCUUAUGCUACUCAUCGUUUUCCUCAGUGACAUCUUCAUCUUCUUCUGGACAGGCAUUUACACCUCUUUUACUUCAUCUGACCAGUUUUAUGGAGCGGCCAAGGAGAUAUACGGAGAGGCCACGUUCUGGGCCGUAUUUGUGCUUGUUCCUGUCAUCUGCCUCUUCCCACGAUUUGCCAUCAAGGCUCUUCAGAAAGUCUUUUUCCCUUAUGAUGUCGACAUUGUUCGUGAGCAAGAGAGGCUGGGCGCCUUUGCUCACCUGAGCCAAGAGAGCAAAUCGAUUGAAGCAAUCAGCGACGAGAAGAGCCAGAAGAGCAAGUCAUCUGGCAGCUCGCGAGGAAAUCACAAUCAGUAUGCAAGUGUUGACGAGGAUCUCCGCCCAAUAUACCCCCCAUCAACAGUGACGCGAACGACCACGCAGAUCGGCCACAGUCAGACUGGCAGUGACAGCACAAAUUACACGGGCAACCGCUACUCAACGGAAGUGCCAGCGACUAACCGCUACUCUCUUGAAGUGCCGACCACGCGACCAAGCAUGGAUCGGGCAAGACCAUCAUAUGAUCGUAUGCGACAAUCCAUGGACCGCAUACGGUAUAGCUACGAGGCCAGUAACGAGUUUACCUCUGCUGCAAGGCUGUCUCGUAUCGAAUCAAGCCAUUCACAUGCAGCCGCAGGUCUGGGUGCAAGAUUGCGUGGGCUGUCAUUAACAAAGAGCGCCAAUGUAUAGACACGGAACUGGAGUGCUUCAGGAAAUUCAUCCCUUUCGUUGUAUAUUUGCAUUACGACCAGUCUCCUUUAUCCCCUACUUCUCCGUUUGUUCUAUAUUGUUUUUGAAGAUGUUCUUGACGCAUGAUGCUUGAUAUCCAAGCAUCAUGCUUUGAGACAUUCAUGCUUUUGAUGAUUUGCAUGAGCGAUCUAUGAAUUGCUACCCCUCCAACCACCUCUGUUAAUGACACACCUGCGUUCAGGCGCGCGUUGAGACGCCCAGUUGCUUUUCUAUCGUGAUGCAUAUCAAUGCUGCAACGCCUGCAAGCAAUUAUGAAGCCCGCCCACCCGUGGAGAAAAAAAAACAAACGAAAAGAUAAAAAGAAGGAGUAAGGGGAAGCUGACAGACAUGUGGUUGUCUGGACCUUCUUUAUAAAGAGAGGAGGCUUGAUAUUUGCAUGGCGUUUGAAAAGGAAACGGGAGAUUAUGGGACUGCUUUACCUUUUUGCUUUUUACACUUUCAUUUUUUUUCUUUUUUUCAUUUUGGCUGAAAGAUGCAUUAUAUCUCUUCUUCAUUCUGCUUACACUGCUUUUUUAUUCGUUUCGUUUUUCUUCAAUCCUGUUUAUUCCUCUUUUCGCUGCCUUCAUUUUCUGGUUUUUUCCUGCAUUCUAGAGAUGAGUAGCGACGCAAAUCCUCCCAUUCCCUCAAAGAGUAUAUUUCCGCCCCCUUUUCAUCAUUAUCAUUAUAACAACAUAUUGCGUUUUUUAUUGCUCAGAUGGAGUAAGAGUCGGGAAAGAGUGGGGGGGUUGAAGAAAGAGAGACAGUUGUUCUAUUUAUUCUUUUUUUUUUUUUGGUUGCUUUUUCUUCUCUUUUUCUUGAAUGUUUGAAAGUGUGUAAAGAAAGAGCAAAAUGUGCGCGAAGCUGCUUUUGCUCUGGAAAGGGGGGCUUUGGCGUUGAAGGGGACAGGUGGCUCGAGAGGAAAGAGAGAGAUUGGCCGCGAAAUAAAGAAAGCCUGGAUAUGAUGCUGUUGUUGUGCGUGAAUGGUUGUGAGAGUGGUUGUGGCAUGGAUUUUUAGUUAUUAGUAACAAGUAGUAACAGCUUUUGUUUCCUUUGCGAGGUGGAAAUUGAAGAAGGCUUUUUUAUAUAUACACACAUAUAUGCAUUUCAUGAUGGCUUUGCAUUUAUAAUCUUUUCUCACUUUUGAAGUUUGUGUUCUGUGGAUGUAUUUGAGACUGGUCUUUGGAUCUUGAACGUGCAUUUUAUUGAGAUUUGGGUAUCAAGUAGC